AAUAUUUUCCAUAUUUUCUAUUAAAUGUUUGUGUUAUUCGUGAAAAGUGAGUGAAUAGCGACUUAAGAAUGAUGGAGUCGUGUCCUGACGAAAAAGCAGCAUUAUUAGCCACCUUGAAAGACGAGCCGUGCGCGGGAGCUCCGUCCUCCACUGCCGCGGCUGAGGCUUCGCCCUUCGAUGUGUGGAUUAAACUCGAGGAACUCGACCAGGAGCGGGAGUGGCCGCCCCCGCCGCCCCCUCCGCCGCAGUCCCCGCCGCCCUCCUCGCCUCCUCUACCUGUCAAUGUCAAAUGUGAGCCCCCGCCGGCCGCGGCCCCCGAUGUGGCCCCCGCCCCCGUGGCCCCCGCGGCCCCCGGCGCGGCCCCCGCGUGCGCGCAGUGCGGGCUGCAGCGGCCGUGCCGCCAGCACCGGCCCGGCCGCUACCCGUGCCAGCAGUGCGGCAAGGCGUUCCAGUUCUCGUCGUCGCUGUCCCGCCACCAGCAGGGCUGCUGCGGCCCGCGGGCCCGCCGCCCGGCGCUGCUGCGGGCGCCCCCCGGGCGGCACCAGCGGGACAAGCCCUACGCGUGUGAGAUGUGCGACAUGCGGUUCAAGCACAAGUGCACACUGGUGCGCCACGGGCACGGCCCCGCGGCCCCGCCGGCGCGGCCGCUGGCGUGCGCCGAGUGCGGCAAGCGCGUGGCCAACGCGCACAUGCUGGCCGCGCACAUGCGCACGCACACCAAGGAGCAACCGUACGAGUGUCCGAUCUGCUUGAAGAGGUUCUCCCACAAGCACAACAUGCAGCGGCACGCGCUGAACCACAACAAGGUGAAGCACCUCACGUGCAACACGUGCAACAAACAGUUCCCGAGGGAGAGCCGCUUGAAAUACCACAUGAGGGUGCACUGGGAGGACAACAAGCCCUUCAAGUGUGACAUCUGCCCCAAGAGCUACUCCCACAAGCAGAACAUACAGAGGCAUUACGCCAAGAAGCAUCCAAACGUGGAGUUCAUGUCCUCGGAGACGGACGCCGCGCUCGCCAAUAAGGCCUGGGACGCCAGCAAUAAGCCCGAGGAGGCCGUGGAGUACAUAGUGCCCGAGGACCUCACGGCCGGAGUGAAGGAAGAAAUAGUGAUGCAGCCCGAGUUGGUUAUGCUGAAAGAAGGAACUUGCAGUGAAGAAAGUAGUGAAGAUGAAGAUGUGUUGUGACUUAGAACUUAAACUAUAUACGUCGCACUGCUAGGCACAGGUCUCCCCUCAAUCAACCGGAGUAUGGAGUUACGUUAGGUGGUGGUAGUGUUUUAGGCUAGUAACCCCGGCCGGAGAAACGGCUUAAACGUGCCCUCCGAAGCACGGAAUCAUGUUACGUUUUCGGACAAUCAGGUGAUUCAGCCUGCAAUGUCCUAGCCGACAAUGUUCCCAUUGGGAGUCGAACCCGGACGUCCAGAUCGUGACCCCAUCUUUUAAUUCGGUAAUUUUUUCAUUAUCUGAUCGAUAUUAUGUUGGAUGUUGUAUAUAUGCGUCGCGCUGUGUAAACUUCGAUAGCGCGUUUCAGGACUGCAUUAUUGAAUGGUGGCGCCAUCUGUUGCACGUGGACGGAACUAGGUGGCCAACUAGUUGGGUCCGUCAUAUAUGUAUGGAAGAGGAUUACCUUACCUUAGUUUGAAGACAAGUACUCCAGCAUGGAACUGCACUGUCCUUACAUAGCACAAGUAACACAUUUUUUAGCAGUUUAUAUUAUAAUGGCCUUGAUCCCAGUACACCCCGUAUAUUUUUAAGUUAUACCUGUCUUUUUCUUAUCCGCCGAAAAGAAAAGGGACGGGUGAUUACCCGAUAGGCAAAAAAUUUAUGUAACACGCCAAUUUUAGGCAGAAAUUUAAACAAUCGUCUCAAAAUUCUAUAUUGGUGUAUAACCCGACAGAAUUAAAUUGACAUUACAUGUCAAACGGGUUGCAUAUCAGCGAAAUGCCUUUUUGAUUGGCCCGGGUUAUUCAUUUUCUCAUUGUUCGGGUUUACAAAAAUUCAAAAAUAUGUAAUGACAGAUGAUGCAUGAAAAAAAUGAAAUGAAAAAGGCAAUUUAUUUGCUUACUUACAUUGUAAUAUAUGAAAUAAGCCUUCCCGGUAAGUAAAAUAAUUCACUUAUGUUGGAAAUGCAUACCUAUAUAAAAAUAAUUGUCACUUGAUAUUUGGAUCAGAUAUUAUUAUGGUGUAGGAUUAUGUUGCUAUCUAUAUUGCUUCUGUAAUAAUAACGGGUCAAAGAUGUAUUCUGCUUGGGUGUAAUGACAAGGGUCGCCAUUUAUAACUACGUAGUUUAAUUUUUGUACUGUCUAAAAUGAGGGUACUUUAGAACUAGUCAAAUUAUUUACUUUUUAUUAAACAUCAAAAUAAGAAAUGACUAAAGAUUUUGUAUGAGAUGUCUUGGAAAAACGCGGUAAAUAAUCGAACUUAUUGUUCUUGUUUAAAAUUCGUAAAUAAGUUAAAUAGAAAAAGAUAAUGUUGUGAAAUAGCUUUACGGCUGUAUUUAUUUAGAAGUUAACUUUUAUUAAUUUAUAUUUCAGUUAUGGAACUGUCAAGUUCGAAUUUUGUUCUUUUUUUGAAACUUGUUUUUUUUUAUUUAUUGCGGCUUUGGUUACAAGACCAUUGGCCGAAAAGUGGAACUUAAACAUGAAAAUAACAAAAUUGAGUAUCUUAAACUUAAAAAAAAUUACAGAUCAACUUAAAUUAAGCUAUAUAUAUGAAACUUGAAUGUGUGAGUUGUGUUCGGAUACACAAAUAGUUAAAGAUGUAAAAAGCCAAAUGUAAUAGCAUAGACCAAUGUGUAUAAGUUAUUUAUUGUUUUGAAAAUGUAUAAUUCUAUGUUUCAUAUUUUAGUAAAAUAAAGAAUAUUGUACAGUAUGAUAUUAUCAUGUAGGCAUAGCUCUAUGUGAUUAAGUUAUUGGGUGUAGUCUGUUAUAUUCUCGAAUUAAGAGUUAAAUAAUAUUUAAAAAAUAUAAUACAUAUCCCAAUUUAUUUUACUUUUAAAAGAUGUGGUUAUAUUUCAAUCUAUGCUGCCAGGCACGAGCACCACAAUGUCAUAAGUAUUACCUAUUAGCAAAUCUCACUUCACUUCCUAUUUAUUUAUAUUUGUAAAUAAACCUCUACCUACCCCAUCGGGGAUGCAAGCGUGAUACUAAGUCAUGUUUUAUACAUGGAUUAUAUUUGUUAUAGAAUUACAUAGGUACACAUGUAUUUACGGCGACGUCGAUAGUCUGAGCAGCCGACAGUCAAGCAGUAGGGCUAACAUCCUUAACGUGACAAAAUUUUACCACGGUCAUUUUAUCGAUUCUGCCGAUAUAAUUACAUCGUUUUGUCGAUUGGUGCUAUCAAAAUACGAACAAAAUUACUUGCCACGUGUUAGGGAAAACACAAACUUAUCGGUUUCGACAAAUUUAUUUAAUCGAUCGAUGAUUUUAUCACGUUGCUUAGCCCUGCAGACGACACAUCGUCUGUGUGUAAAUGAUAUAAAUGAUGAAAGAUGCUAUUUACCUUUUAUGAUUGUACCCAUAUGAUUAUAAUUCCAAAAUAAAAACACACUUAUACAAAUGACACCAAGAUUUAUUUUACUUGAAACGAUACAGACAGAGAAGUAAGUACCAACUACAGGUUACUGACACACUUAGAGGUUGCGCAGAACACAUAUAAAUAUGCAUUUAUAAGUUAUACAAUAAUAUAACGCGAAAAUGACUUGAUCAGUUGGGCAAAACAAUAGUAGAUAAUGGAUUUCUAUUAUUGGCAACACUAUUUUGGUUUUUGUAAAUGGCAAUACUGAUA